AUGGGUUUGGGCCGGAAAAGAGACCCUUCUUGGGGUUCUUACUGGACGUUAUCGGUUUGUAAUGGCAAUCUUGGGUCCAUUCUUCACCUGGUGCCUCUCGGCAUAACCCCUUCCUUGGGGGCUCGUGGGAUCUCUUCUUCGGGAGGGCCACCCCCACAACUCAUUCCUCUGCGGCGGCGCCUACGCGCCAUCAAGCGCCUUGACCCAAAGAUUCAGCACCAUGUGCUGAGGGAAGGCCUCGGGAGGCCCCGCUGCCACAGGGCACAGCGUCUGUUAAAGAUAGGGGACCCCCACUCGGUCUCGGCACGGUGCCCUUUCUUCUUGCAGCAGCUGAAGCCUCGUCUGCGGCUGUGGAAAAAGGCGCUGACAGUGGAGGAGCUGCCGCCUCCUUUGUAUCCGGAGGUGGCAUUUGCGGGCCGCUCGAAUGCCGGGAAAAGUACGCUGCUCAAUGAACUCUGCGGGCGCAGCGGUACUGCCGCGGUGUCGCGCCGGCCGGGCAGCACCCAAGCGUUGUUUUUCUUCAAGGCCGGAUCUCCCUGCUGUUUGUGCCUCGUCGACCUUCCGGGAUACGGCUACGCUGAGGCGGAUGCUGCCAAGAGGUUGCAAUGGACAGAAAUGUCUCUCUUCUACCUGAAGGCUCGCCCGAAUCUGAAGCGAGUCUUCCUCCUCGUCGACGCGCGUUGGGGGCUGAAGGCAAGCGACAUUUCUUUGUUGUCUUUCUUCGAGCGGCGCCGUAUCCCAUUUCAGCUCGUGCUGACAAAGGCCGACCUUCCAGAGCAAAAGGCCCUCAUCAAGAUUCUCCAGAUCCUCUCAAGGACGGAUUGCCUUGCUCUGCAGGCUUCAGAAGAGGUCAAGAGGUUCAAAGGAUGUGCAGGCGCCCCCUUGGCCGUCAGUGCGCUGCGUCACCGAGGCAUGGACUCUCUUCGUGCGGAAAUCGACAAGCUGCGCCUGUCAAAGGAACUUGUCAUUGGCAGACUCCGCCUCAAGGCAAGCAGAGGGAACAGGGCUGCUCAUGGGCUUCUCCCUUCUCUGCGGACCCUACUCUUCCUCUUCUUGUUUGCGUGCUUUUUAACAGAAAGCCCACCUCAGUUCUAUGAAAGGCACUUCCGGUUGCAGAGCAUUAAGUGCAGUGCUGCAGAUACUCGGCGGGCACAGCAGGGCACACAGGUGGGCAGGGGGUUGUUGUGUUUUGCUCGAGCAAUACAGGCAGCCAAUUUGGCCGAGGCGCGGCGCUUGAAGAAGGAGUCCCGCAAAGUGGAGAAGGAUGCGAGCUCUUCGUUGGCAACUGAACAGACGAGGUCAACGAGUACGUUAGCGGUAACCGUUGCAGCAGCCCCUUGGGCACCUCGGGGACAGAGGCAGCAACAAGGGCAAGCCCUAGAUGACCCCGUUGCCCGCGCUCUUGAGCGCUGGGGAGCUUCGCUCGCCAGCACGACUAACGGGUCUCUGGAUCGGGGACACACCCAGAGGGAAGGUGCCUUGGCUAGUGAUGCGUUUUGUGCGGGUGCUGUACCCGAAGACCCCACGGCUGGAGGCGAAGGCCACUCAAAGUGCGGGCAACUCAGGCUCGCGCCCGUCUCUUCUCAGGCUGAAGGCGGAGAAGACUCAGUGGGUGGAGAUGCAUUCGAGGCGGAAGAGGCCAUUAGGGAAGAGAACACGUUGAGCUCUGCGCUCGCCGCCGCUGUGGAUAGAGCCGCAGGCGCGUUGCCUUUGCCGGAUAUGUCUUGCGCUGAAGCCCUCAUUGGGGAUUUGCUGCCUACUCCUUGCCAGCCUCGGCGUGUGCACGAAUCUACGCAGCCACAGCGAGAGCCAUCUGCGGACGCUGUGCCUGACAGAUACACGAAAGAGAUAGGCACCGACUCUAGAUCUGCGGGAGAGAUCGACACCGACUCCUCUCCCGUGGUUGUACCCGUCCCACAUGCCUUGAUUUCAUGCUCUUUGCGCGAGAAAGGAGUAAGUUCUGGGCCCAUUGCAGGGGGCACUGAUUCCGCAUGGGCCGCUACGGUGUUUCGAGAGGUUCGUUUUGAAUCCUCAGGAGCUGUUGCUGACCAAGCCGGGUUGCAGAGCUUCGAAUCGCAGGACAUGGGUUUCAAGGGCCACACCGACUGCGAAGCCACCUCAGAGGUUCUUGUUCCUUUGGAUGAGGCUUCUGCCCUGAUGGCGGAGUGGCCGGAACCAGAGGUAUCGCAUCCGCAGCUGGCUGGAAAGCAGAGCCCCAGCACAGCAGUGCAAGACGACCCCUGGGAGGCUCCAGCUCUGCCUGCCAGCAAGCGACCGCUAGAUAUCCUUCGUGCCAACGACUGGCGAGCGCGACGUGUUGGUCACGCCGCUGUGGAAGUUGACAUGGGGCUUCCUUGGGAGCAAGACGCAGCGGGAAGCGUAGCAACGCUUCACUUGGGAUCAUGCCGCGGUGAUUACAAACGUUACUCACCAAUGAAGUUGCAGUCCCUGUCUCAAGCAAGCGAAGUACAAUCAGCUGAGGUUGAAGGCGGUCACGGGCCUUUUCCAGACUUGAGUGCUGUUCUCAAAGCCCAGCAGCAGCAGCAACAGCAGCAGCAGCGGAAGUCCAACUCCCGCCUACACAAACACGGUGUCUUCAGGCGGUCCCCAUCCAGGGCGCCUUUAGGUGGCGCGGUACUUCUCGAUGAAGAAACGCUCGCAGCUGAAGAUUUGGGGUGCAGCCGAACGCGGGCGGGAGGCCGCAUUGGCAGCGCUCCAGACCCAUCGAACUACACAGGAUUCCAUGAGCUCGAUAUGCAGCGCAACUUUGACCAGAAAUGGCGUCACGAGCUCUUGCCAGUUGGUGACGCUUCCCAGGCCAGCAAAAUCGUUAACAGCGAAGGUGCAGAGCGGCAAGGCGCCGAGGGGAGUGCCCAAAGAAGCAGCGUGGGAUGGUCAAAUCCUCGGAGCAUUCCUGAGGAGUACAUAGGUACUGGGGGAGAUCGUGUCAAAGGGACGGCGAAACGCCUGGCCCUUCAGAUUCUCCUGCAGCGUGCCCGAGAGGCCCACCGCCCGACAGAUAGGUACCAAUCAUUUGAGGAAAGGAACCGCAGUACUGCGGAUUCUCUUUUGUUCUCCGCCGCGCAACGGCGCCAGGAACGCCGACUGAAGGAGCUGGCAAAGAAAAGUAACAAGAGACAAGGCCGUUCAAAGGAAAUGACGUGGGACGUUGCCUACAGAAAAUGGGCCCGGUGGGCAAGAGCGCAUCCAGCGCUCGCCAGGGAGGCGCCACGCCCGUCGAAGGUGCAGCUUCUUGCAGCUUUCAGACAAAAACUUGGCAAAAAAGCGAACAGGCAACGCAAGGAGCUGCAACAGCGAAACCAAGCGGCCCAGACUGCAGUAGCAGGAAGAGGGCAUACCCCUCGCCAAAACAUUGAGGAAAUCCGCAAGGAAGCUCUGGACGCAUUGCUGCACGCCCGUCGACCAACGGAGCAAAAUAGCCCCUGCCAGAGGCGCGAACCAGAAUAG